UCGAUUGUCUAGCGGUUGAGUUGGAGCCCUGGUUCAGCCCGGCAAAAAUUGCGUUUUUCUUGUAUUUGUGAAAUUAUUUGGAUUUCGCCAAAGGAUUGAAUGUCUCGUUGAUAUGUCGUCAAUAGAAAAACUAUCCAUUCAAGGCAUUCGUAGUUUUGGAUCUAAUGCGGAAGAUCGACAAGAAAUAACAUUUUCAUCUCCGGUUACUUUAAUUCUGGGCCAAAAUGGAUGCGGCAAGACCACUAUAAUAGAAUGCCUAAAACAUGCCCUAACCGGUGAGUUUCCACCAGGAAGUGAUAAGGGCAAGAAUUUCGUCCAUGACCCCAAAAUAUUUGGUCUAAAUGAGUCCUUGGGACAGGUAAAGAUUCAAGUGCGCGACAAGCGCGGUGCUCAAAUCUCCGUUUGUCGUACCAUGAAGGUGGCCUAUAAGAAUGGAAAACCUUCAUUUGGUAAAAUGGACUCUACGGUUAAUUUUCUCUCCGGUGCCCCAGGGUCGAGCAGUAGUGGCAAUCUCGAUUCCUUGAGUGGACGCACUGUGGAUAUCAAUGUGACCAUAUCGGAUUUCAUGGGUGUAUCCGAGGCUAUUAUAAAUAAUGUCUUAUUGUGUCAUCAAGAGGAUUCCAGUUGGCCAUUAGAUGAGGCCAAGAAAUUAAAAGAGAAAUUCGAUGCCAUUUUUGGCAUAACCGAAUACAACAAAGCUUUGGAUAAGAUUAUCAAAAUGCGGAAGGAAGCCAAAGAUGCGCUUAAAGUGAUGGAGGCUGGAAUGAAGCAUAUUGCUUAUCUGAAGCAGGAAAUGGAGGCCAAAAGCUUGAAUCUGCAAAAAGCUGAAGAGAAAUGUGAAGACAUAAAGAGCCAGUGCCAAAAAUGUGAGGAUGAUAUGAAACCUGUUGAUGAACGACUCUUGGAAAUACGUAAAAUCGAAUUCGAGGUUGGCAAAUAUCAGGCUCAACAAGUCGAAAUGGAGACCAAGCACAAAAACUGCAAAGAACAAAUUAAUACAAUUUCAAAAAAGAUCAAAACACUUUUUGAGGGUUCUCUAGCGGAGUUGGAUCUGGAGAUACGUAACUUUGAUCAGCGAAUGUCGGAAAUUAAAUAUCAAAGAUCAGACUUCGAAGAGCAACUAUCAAAGCUAACACAAUCAGAAGGAGAUUUGCAAAAAGCCCUGACCAGUCAGGAGAAAAAACGUUUGCUAGCCCAACAGCAACAACAAAGCGAGCAAACCUGCAAGGCAGAGUUGGUGAAACGUCUGAAAGAUCUAAGCCAACAAUUGCUCAUACCCAUCGAAGGGGAUCUAAGCAAACAACCAGAAAAAUUGAGUGAACUUCUCGAGGAUAUUGAAGGAGUUCUGUUGGGCAAACAGUGUGAAAUUGCCGAGGAGAGUGAUCGCAACGAUAAGGCGGAUCAAGGCAGGCAAUUGAAAAUUGAUGAACUUCGCAUUGAACUCAGCAAAUCGGAGCAACAAAUCACUGCACAGGAGAAACAGAAGGUGGUGAGUGAAAAGGAAAGCGGUUCCCUAGAAGUAAAAAUCAAACAGAUUGAGACCUCUAUGCAUCAAUUAAAACUCUUGGAGAAGCAAAUAACCGAAGCAGAUGAAGUAUAUGAGCGCACAUCACGGAAUUUUAAUCAGGAAGCCUGUCGUCAGGUUAUAGCCGAUAAAAAGUCUAGCAUUGCAGAGAAACAAGAACGUUUCAAGAAGCUGGAUAAACAAUUAACAUUCCUAAGCUCCAUGUCCAAGCUGAUGGCCGAGAUAAAUCUUAAAGAAAAAGAUUUGGAAAAGAAAACUCAAGAGAUUCAACGUGUUCGCAAUCGUCAUAGCGAAAAUUUCAGUAAAUUCUUCAAGGAGCCCAUAACGAACAAUUAUCGACGCUCCCUGCAGAAUUCCUAUGACUCACUGCGCCGAGAGAUACGGGAGCUCAAUGAGAAGGCCAAUGCACAGAAACUUAAAGAACAGUCUUGUGAAAUUAAACGUAAAAAUAUUAUGAGUGAUAUAUCACGGAUGGAAAAGGAGUUGAAGGAGGCAGAAGAACUGAUUUAUCAAAAAUGUCAUUCCACUCCAUAUGAGGAGCUGCUAGAGCGUAGCAAAGCAAACAUAUCCAAAUUACAAUUCGAGCAUGGUGCAUUAACAUCCGCCGAGGCCAUGUACAAAAAAUAUAUUCAGAAAAUCACUGAGGAGCCUUGCUGUCCUUUGUGCCAUCAUAAUAUGUCGGGCGAUGAGGCUUCCGAUUUAAGCUACGAAUUGACAGAUGAAAUUGAAAAGUUGCCAGAAAACAUUGAAAGAGCCUCUAAGGCCUUAAAAGCCGAGCAAUUAAAAUAUGAAAACCUGUUGCAAAUCAGGCCUAGCAUAACGAAAGUUACAGAAUUAAAGAAAACCAUUCCAGAAAAGAAAGAAGAAUUACAUAAAAUCGAAGAAUUGCUAGGUGAUUCGGUCAGCGAAUAUGAAACAAUGAUGGCUCUCAUUGCAGAGCCAACACAGAAUAUGGAAUUGGCCAAUUCCAUGUUAGGCGAUAUGUCUCUCCUAGAUGAAGCACUCAAAGAGUCUGUCAGAGUUAAAAGAGAGCUGGAACAAGCUAAAAGCAAAUUGCCCGAUAACUAUGAUUCCAGCGUUUCAAUGGAAGCCUUGCAAAAUGAGAAAUCAGAGGUAUCCAAAGAGCUGGACACUGAACGAAAGACUUUGGAGUCCAGUCAACAUAAUUUUGAACAACAAAUGGAGGCUUUGAAUCGUUUGCGAGAGGUUAAAAAUGCUCUUAAAGACAAGCAAAUCAAAUUGCAAGAGGGAGUCCAAAGUUUGCCUCAACUAAAGGAUCGUCUGGAUGAGCUUACACGCCAACUUGUUGCCAUAACUACGGAAAUCAGUGAACUGAAGUCUAAAAUUCAACCUUUAAAGCAAAAACUUGCCUCUUCCAUUCAAGAGAAAAGCCGCUUAAAGGAGCAAGAUCGUGCCAAAUUAAAUCAGUUGACUAGCAAACUUAAUUCAUACAAAAGUGCUGAUCAGGACAUACAAAGAUUGAAUACGGAGGCUUUGGACUAUGCCAAAUUGGAUAUUGCAAAUGCGAUUAAGAAACAUGAUAGCUCCAUUAAUGCCAUGAAAGAAGAUCUUACCAAACUGGACUCCGAAAUCAAAGGCAAGACUAAGGAAUUGGAAGCGAUUAAAAUGAAAUGCGCAAAUCAGCAAACAGUCGAACGAGACCUCAGGGAUAAUCGUGAGCUGAAGCAAUUGCAAGAAAAGGAAGUCAAGCUGAGUGAAAAUUGUAAAGAUCUAAACCGGCAAUUGGGUAAUUUAGAUUUCGGUGGUGUAAGCAAGGAGAAGCAGGAGCUAGCCAAACAGCGAGAUGCAGCCACUGUACGCAAAGGCGAACUUCUUGGCCAGCUGGGCGAGAUUAAUAGCCAAGUGCAGAAAUUGCAGCGGGAAAUCAAUGAGCCCAAAUAUAAAGAGUCGCUGAAGAAUUAUCGCAAAGCCAAUUUCGAGUUGCAUGUGACGCGUCGCAGCAUUGAAGACUUGGGUCAACAUCGUCUGGCUCUAGAAUGGGCCCUGAUACAAUUUCAUUCGGAGAAAAUGGAGAAGAUCAAUCGAUUGAUACGUGAAUACUGGCGGAUGGUCUAUCGUGGCAACGAUAUUGAUUACAUUGAGGUCAAGACCGAAGAUGAUAAGAGUAAGGGUAUAGAGGAUGGCAAAAACAAGGAUACACUGGCCGAUCGUCGGAAGAGUUACAAUUAUCGUGUGAUUCAAUCGAAAAAUAAUAAUGAGAUCGAAAUGCGUGGUCGGUGUAGUGCGGGUCAACGGGUUUUGGCAUCCCUCAUCAUACGCAUGGCUCUUGCGGAAACAUUUAGCAGCAAUUGUGCUGUCUUGGCUCUUGAUGAGCCGACAACCAAUUUGGAUCGCGUUAAUAUAAUAUCCCUUUGCGAUGCUCUCAAUCGCAUUGUCGAUGAGCGGGAAUCGCAUGCCAAUUUUAUGCUUAUUAUCAUUACCCACGAUGAGAAUUUUAUAUCCUCUAUGGGUAAAUUGAGCACUUAUCAUCGUGUAUACCGUAACGAUGAAACCAAAUCGGUUAUACGCAAAGUUAAUUUGGCGGAAUAAAUGAAAAGUUAAAUGUCUUUUUUCCAUUUACUCUAAUUUUUUUAUCUAAA